AUGGUGGAGGAGCCCUUUGUGAAGAGGUCACAGCUCUGUGAUGCAGGCCUGGGCUCUAGAACCAAAGGCAACUCCCAGAGCUCAGUGGCCUGGGAGCAGCAGUCGUCAGGUGGAGAUGAGGGGCAGCAGGAGCAGGAAGAGAACCUCUCUGCAAGGGAAGGCUCUGCCCUUCUGCUGGAGCCCUGGAGCCACCUGAUGGAAAUCCCCGAUCCUCUGGGUGAGGUGUGCAAACCAGCACCUGCCAGAGUCCAGCAGCCAUGCAGGGAGCAUGUGGAAGACGCUGGUCCCAUCACCUUAUCCCCAGUGGAUGCCCCAGCUCCUCUGGAUGAGUGUCCUCUGCCUGUGGCCUCCACCCUAUCACCAAGCCCAACAACCUCCCUGGUUUCUUUUGGUUCACAUUUACCCCUGAGUGCCUCUGGACCACCAGAGCCUUUGCUCCCACUAGGCCUCCUGUCCCCCCAGCCACUUGCACUUGUUCCUCCCUAUCACAACCCGGACCCUGUCUUAGAGGUCCACUUACAGCAGAAAUGCAGCCAGCUCUUCUGGGGCCUCUUCUUUCUGUACCGUGAGUCUCUGGUGGCUACAAUCAGAGUCUCUGGUCCCCAACUACAGUUUCUCUCUGUUUUAUUCAAUGAACUCUCUAAUUACUUUCAGGUACAAAUUCAGACUCAAGUGUCUCCACAACUUUUUCAGCCCCAGUUCUGUCCCCGCCUCUCAGGAGACUUCAUCAGCCCUGAGCUCUGGGAGCACCUAGAGCAACACCUUCACCAGAGGUUGAUUCAACAUUGCUGUGAUAGCAGCCAGAACAUGCAGAAAAUGGGACCCAUGAGUCCAGCCAUGUUAUGCUUAAGGAAGGUUCUAGGGACCAACUCUGAGAAAAAGUCAGAAAGCGACUGGAUGAGGCCAUUGAGAAGUAACUCAGGAAAGGAUUCAAGGAGCUCAGACAAGAAGCAUCUAGAAGAAACUGGAAAUCUAGCAUCCUCCGAGGGUGAGGUAUCCCAUGUGAACACCUCCCAGGAGCUUUCCCUCCUUGACCUGCAGCCAUUGGUGCUAGAAGCAUGUAUUAAAAGUUUUCAGGAAGCCCAGAGGUUUGCCUACAAGACAGAGACCUCAUCUGGUGACAAGCAUGGGCCCUCAGAGGCCCCUCCAACUGGACAGAAGGUGCCCACACCCUAUGACACCACCAGCUCCAUGGGCACCUUCACUUCAGAAAUCGGGCUCUAA